UAUUUUGUUGUUGGAUGCACAAAGGCUUAUGAUUCCAGAGAAGAAGAAGAAGAAGAACAGAUCAACCUUCUUCUCUCUCUUUUAUUUCUACGACAAGAGAUUCUGAUUUGGAGGUUUAGAUUUCGAAUGGAGAGCUUUAGAAAAGCAUAUGGAGCACUUAAAGAUUCAACCAAGGUUGGCCUAGCCAAGGUCAACAGCGAUUUUAAGGAUUUGGAUAUCGCUAUUGUAAAGGCAACAAACCACGUUGAAAGCCCUCCAAAAGAAAGGCAUGUUGCAAUGAUAUUUGCUGCAACAUCGGUUACACGUCCACGAGCAGACGUUGCCUACUGCAUUCAUGCACUGUCUAGACGAUUGGCAAAGACACGCAACUGGAUAGUUGCCCUAAAGACACUGAUAGUUAUUCACAGAGUUCUGAGAGAAGGUGAUCCUACGUUUAAAGAGGAAUUGCUGCACUUCUCUCACAGAGGGCAUAUUUUCCAAAUAUCGAACUUUAAAGAUGACUCUAGUACACUUGCUUGGGAUUGCUCUGCCUGGGUAAGGACUUAUGGACUCUUUCUGGAGGAAAGACUCGAGUGUUUUAGGACUUUGAAGUAUGAUAUCGAGGCAGAGAGAUUGACCAAAACUUCACCUGGAAUUUCCAAGGUGCAUAGCAGAACAAGGCUCUUAAAUGGUGAAGAACUAUUAGAGCAGCUCCCAGCAUUGCAGCAGCUUCUAUAUCGCUUGAUCUGUUGCCAGCCUGAAGGAGGAGCCUGUUACAAUUUUCUUAUUCAGUAUGCCUUAGCACUGGUUUUGAAGGAGAGCUUCAAGAUCUAUUGUGCAAUCAACGACGGGAUUAUUAACCUUGUUGAUUUUUUUUUUGAAAUGUCCAAGCAUGAUGCCAUAAAAGCUCUCAACAUAUAUAAAAGAGCAGGGAAACAGGCUGAAAGUCUAGCUCAUUUUUAUGACUUCUGCAGAGGGCUGGAUCUUGCUCGGACAUUUCAGUUUCCCAUUUUAAAACAGCCUCCUGUUUCCUUUCUGGCUACUAUGGAGGAAUACAUACGAGAAGCACCACAUACAGGUUCCAUGUCAAGUAGGAGGCUGGAGUAUAGAGAAACUGAGCAAGAACCUGAAACGCCUAAAGAACCUGUCCCUGAAGAAAAGGAAGAGCAAGUUGAAGCAGCUGAAAAUGGUAAAGAAGAACAGGUUGAAGCACAAGAGGAACCUCAGCCUGAAAAAUUAGAAGAAACUCCACCGCUGAAAUCAACUGAAGAGCCUGUUGAUUUGCUGGGUUUGAACCAAUUGGAUCCAAAAGUUGCAGAAUUAGAGGAAAGCAACGCGUUGGCUCUUGCGAUAAUUCAACCUGGUAAAGAAAAUCCAUCAGCGAAUUAUCAGUUGAGUGAAAUAGGAAAUACAACAGGAUGGGAACUGGCUCUUGUUAAUGCAUCGAGCAACAAUACGAGCCAAGUCACACCAGAUAAAAAAUUGGCUGGAGGAUUCGACAAGUUAUUACUUGACAGCUUAUAUGAAGAUGAUGUAGCUAGGAAGCAAAUACAGCUGCAAAAUGCUGGCUAUAGUGGAUACGGGCAUGAAAUCCUUGCACAGAAUCCAUUCAAUCAACAUGACCCCUUUGCCAUGUCAAACAACAUAGCACCUCCAACGAACGUACAAAUGGCAAUAAUGUCGCAACAACAACAACAACAACAGCAAGUGAUGCAACAGCAGCAAUUCCGACAGCAAAAUAUGAUGAUGGUAUCUCAUAAUCAAUAUCAAGGUCAAUAUCCUCAACAAAUUCCAUAUAUGGGGUCUGCAAACCCUUUCAGAGAUCCCUUCGGCUAUCAACACAACUCAAUGCCACCACAGGGAAACCAGUCACUGCUUUAGAGUUCUUCAACAAGACUACACUGUAUUCUUUCAUUAUUAUCUUUAUAUAAGAAAAGCUGAAUUGCUCCUA